GUGAGCUCCGCAAUUGUUGAUGUUUUGUGAUCAGCUGUUCGCAGUGUGCGACAGUUCCGAACGAGGAUAGCGUCGAGAAUAUUCGCUGUGCACUUUUUCCACAGCUGUUGGUCUUUUAGCAGUAUUCUUAUCAGAGCGAUUAAUAUGAGAAUAGUGACAGCUCUGCUGCUUGCAGUGCUGCUAAGUCUAACCUUGACCCUAGUUGAGGGUCGCAGGCGUGACAAGUCUUGGCGUGACGGACGGGACCGCCUCAGACAGAAGGAUGUCCAGCGAGAUCGAGGCAACAAAAACAAGGAGCGGAAUCUAGAAGCGAAACAACCUUUUGGGAGAUCUCGAAAUCCGUUCCACGAUUUCUUCACUUCCUUCCAUGAGCUCGACCCAUUCUCUUACUUCAACUUCCGGUGGAAUGUGGAGUCCCGGGCUGACCCCUGGUGGGAGGGGCCAAACGUGUGUGAGAACGAGAUCAAGGAGGUGGUCAACAGCACGGAGGGCGUGGGUGAGAUGAUGCGACACUUCAGCACUAACUUCCAGUCGUGUGACGAGUCGGAGACGGCCUACAAGUGCAAGAUGGUGCAAGAGGACGCCCACGGUCGCAAAGAACUGACAGUUAUUUAUGAGUGUUGCCAUGGUUUCAGCAGAAAUGAACGGGACUUUGGGUGUCCAAACAGGGUCACCAUCAAAAGUUUAAUGGAAAAAACUGAAGAGCUCGGUCUGACAGAUUUCGUGAAGGCUGUGAAAACAUUGAAGUUGACCAAAGAAUUUGAGAACGGCAACUUCACCUUGUUUGUCCCUGAGAAUGGAGCCUUCAGCCUUGACAGUGACCUCAUUGAUGCUGGCACUGGGAUUAUCCUGAAGGAUGCCCCAGCUGUGAUAGCUAUCUCGGAGCCAGCCGUGGACAAGGCUCUCAAGAGUUUACAAAAUGCCCUACUCAGUCACAUGAUCACAGGCAUGGUCAGGUCUAGCGCCAUGGACGAUGAGCAAGUUAUCAUCACAGGAAACCCAGAGGGUUCCACCAUACGAGUGAACCACUUCACAAGGCCAGAGAAAUUGAUGACUGUCAACUGCGUCCCAUUGGUCACAAGAGAUCACAUGGCCACUAAUGGGGUCAUUCACACAGUUGCCAAGGUUCUCAAACCAGUGACUGAAUCACUCCUUGAGAUAGUGAAAUCUAAACCAGAACUGAAUACACUUAGGAAAAUUUUGGCUUUGGCAAAUUACAUCCCAAAAUUGGAACAAGAUGGACAGCUGACCAUUUUGGCCCCAACUGAUGAUGCCUUUGAGAGGAUGAAUAGCAGGCUGAAAGACAGAUUACUCUCAGGGGACAUAACUUGCAUAGAAAAGGUCCUACAGAACCACUUGUUGCCCAAUGUGAUCUGUUCAGCUGCCAUCCAGGGUCAGGCCAAGACACCCAAUCUGCUGCACCAGCACCUGACGGUCAACAGGACUGAGGACAACAAAGUCUUCAUCGGAGGUUCUCAAGUUAUUCAGUCGGACAUCAUGGGGACGAAUGGUGUCCUCCAUGUCAUUGAUGAUGUCCUGGUCCCAGAUGAAGCCUUGGGAUUUCUAGAUAUUUUAGAAAAGCAAGGUUUGACAGAGUUACUCAGCUUGAUUGAAAAAACUGGAAUGUCCAAAACUCUGGAAACAGACACAAACUUCACAGUGUUUGCACCAACUAAUGCAGCUUUCAAGGAUUUGACUAAUGGCAUGAAAACUAAGCUUGCAGAAGAUCCACAAUGGCUGAAGAAUGUUCUCAACUUCCAUAUCUCAAAAGGUGUCAAAGAAUGCAACCACCUACAUGAUAAUGAGCUCUUGCCCACUCUGUCUGGGAACAACAUGAGGAUUAACACAUAUUCAGUGUUCCCAUUUCACCAUCGUGGAAUUCGAACUGCUCAGUGUGUCCCCAUCAAACAGAUGAACAUCGAAGCUUGUAAUGCCAGAAUCAAUAUCAUUGAGAAUGUGAUGAUCCCACCAAGAGGCAAUGUCAUAGAUGUUUUGGCUUUAGAUAAGAAGUUCUCAACACUAGUUUCUCUGCUGAAGAAAGCCAACAUUGCAGACUUGCUUCAAGAGGAUGGGCCAUACACAAUCUUUGCACCAAACAAUGAGGCAUUUGACAGUGUUGAUGAUGAAGUCAUGAGCAAAUUAGAGAGGGAUCCUGAGAAACUGAAACAGCUGUUGCAGAGACACAUCUAUGAAGACAUGCUUUGUUGUGCCGGAAUAUUCCGUGGGCAUUGGCUGGGUAAUCGACAGGUGAAGACCAUGUCCCAGGAUCUUCUCAAACUGUCCAGGACUCAUGACGGAAUUCCAAAAGUUGGACACGGUCAUGUGAUCAAGUGCGACCAGACAGCCACAAACGGCAAUGUCCUGGAACUGGACAAGGUCCUGCUUCACGAGCCACACCAACACAAGUGGAGGUUCAACCCCUUCGCAGGAUGGGAUGAUUUUUAAUCGCAUGAUUUAUUUUUUUAAGCCGUUGAAUUCAAUUUAAUCAAACAAUUUUAAGAAGGAAUUUCAAAUGUGGAUCUUUAUUCAAAAAUUUUAUAUUUUAAUUAUUUACAAAAUAAAAAUACCAUCAAAUCAUUUAUGAAUUUUACAUUUGCAUUAUAAAUUGAUUUUAAAGGAAUUAAACACAGUUUUAAAUAAAUAACAGGAAAAUAGAAAGUUGUAUUCAUCACUGUUAUUUUUUUUAACACCACCUACAAAUUACAAGGAACAAUGUUCUAUUAUUGCCCAUGAGCUACUAUAUAUAUACUGCUUGUUUUAUUUAGUUCACUUCUUCCUUGGCUUUCUGUGCCAUUAUUUUAUAUGUACUUUGUUUCUAUUUUAUUAGAUAUUACUAUGUAGCAUUAAAGGAGUGUAAAUAGAGCCCACACUUUGGCUCAGAAAUAUUUGUAUCAUGUUCAUUAGGUGAUUAAUUCCUGCACACAAUUUUUUUUUUUCAAUUUGCAUCAGUCUUUAGAACUAAACAGCACUAGUAACAAUUAUUUACACAGGAAAUGAACAGGUUGAUUUGAUUUUAUGACAUGUAGAAUUUUUUAAUAAAUAGUUCUAUUAUUUUACUUGUAUAAAUGUGUUUUAUUACUUUGUAAAAUAAAUUCUUUGUUAAUAAAAGUCCUCCACUUAAUGUACCUAAUAUUGUAUGGAAUAAUUUCUUCACUAAUACCCCAACAAAGUAGCACCUCUGCAAUGGUUGAAUGCAUAGCCAGCCCAUCUCAGUGGGAAAAUUGUUUUAUUCUGGUUAUCUUUAGUUUUUAACUCUACAUUUUUAAAAAGACAACUACAGGUGAUGUAAAGAGACUUCUUAAUGAAAAUUCUCUGCAUUAGGUUUUUAAAUUCUUGAUGAUUCAACUACAAAAAAAAUUGAAGUACAUUUCUGGCAUUCAAUAUUUUUACAGCAGUUAUUAAUUCAAUAUUUUAAAUAAACAUUUUUUUUUACAAAAUAUA